CAUAGGUAAUUUUAAAGAACAUAUGGCGUCGAACUGUGACUAAUUUAGUAAUUAAAGAACAGCCAACAUUUUUAUGUUGUUUUCGUAAUAAUUUAAAAUGUCAGCUGUAUUAAAUGAAAAUCAACUGAAGAAACUGUCAAAGCACAAGUAUAAUGCAGAAUGUUCAACUUUAUUCGAUCCAAUUAUGCAGAUCUGGUGGCGCUGGUUCGUCGAGAGAAUGCCGCUUUGGGUAGCACCAAAUACAAUUACUAUUUUGGGAUUACUGAUUAACUUUAUUACAACACUGAUUUUGGUUUAUUUUUCACCACAAGCACACUCUAAGGUGCCAUCUUGGAGUCUCUAUCUUAAUGGCUUUGGGCUUUUUGUUUACCAAACGCUUGAUGCCAUUGAUGGGAAACAAGCUCGUAGAACUAACAGUAGCUCCCCAUUGGGUGAACUUUUUGAUCAUGGCUGUGAUGCUAUGUCAAUGGUCAUUGUCAUGUCAGGAGUAUCAGUUGCUUUGAAACUGGGUGAAGUACCACAUAUCAUGGUUUUUCUAACUUUUGCAGCAUGUGUAUUGUUCUACUUUACACAUUGGAGAGCGUAUGUAACUGGAGUAGUUCGAUUUGGAAUAAUUGACAUUACUGAGAUGCAGCUUUUCGGUGUACUUCUUUUCUCUGCUUGUGGAUUUUAUGGCCAAGAAGUAAUUUUGUUAAAAGUACCUGUGUUGCAGUUUGACUGUAGGGAACUAAUAUUUUGGUUAGGGAUAGUCUCAUUUCUUUGUGUAACUCUGCUGUCAAUAUAUGAAAUAUUACAAGGUGGCGUUGGCAAAAAUGGAUCAUCAAUUGCUGAUACCAGCGUACUUUCUCCUGCUGUGCCGUUAGUCGUCAAUAUAUAUUUGAUUUUCUACAACUACACCUACUCAAAUAGUCACGUGUUUGAGAGAUCGCCAUUGUUAUUUGUUUUUGCAUUUGGUAUCGUCCUGGCAAAAACGUCAAUUCUUUUAGUGGUUGCGUGUAUGUGUAAAAGUCCAAUACCUAUGCUUGAUUACGUGCUGAUGGUCCCUUUCCUUCAAUUAAUCAAUAUUCAUUUCAAUUCACCCAUGAGUGAAUACAAGUUACUUUGGUUUUGUCUGAUAUUUUCCUUCCUCCAUCUGAUCCAGUAUUGUUACGUUGUCAUCAACGAAAUAUGUGAUUACUUGAAUGUACGGUGUUUUACAAUUACUCCAAAACAAGUUUCCCAGCAAUCGACAAAAAAAGGGAGCUAGCUACGUAAACGUUGUCGACUACUUGCCAAUCAAUGUUCGUUUCAUAUUUUUGUGUGUUUCGUUUUGUUGACCGUUUUUUUAAUUAAAAUCUAUUUUACGGGGUUA